UGGGCGCGCGCUUCGGGGUGGCUGUGGGCUCCGGUGAUGGGCGCCGGACGUGUGCCCCGAAUCUAGCCCUGUCCCCGCAGCCGGCCGCCACUCUGCCAUCGCUCCAGCUCGCGAUGGAGUCGCUGGUUUUCCCCCGGCGCCUCAGCCCUGCUCCGUCGGCCGCCGCCGCCCUGGCCGACGGGCUCAAGUCGCCCAAGCCCCUGAUGAAGAAGCAGGCGGUGAAGCGGCACCACCACAAGCACAACCUGCGGCACCGCUACGAGUUCCUGGAGACCCUGGGCAAAGGCACCUACGGCAAGGUGAAGAAGGCACGGGAGAGCUCGGGGCGCCUGGUGGCCAUCAAGUCAAUCCGGAAAGACAAAAUCAAAGAUGAGCAAGAUCUGAUGCACAUUCGACGAGAGAUUGAGAUCAUGUCAUCACUCAACCACCCGCACAUCAUUGCCAUCCAUGAAGUGUUUGAGAACAGCAGCAAGAUCGUGAUUGUCAUGGAGUAUGCCAGCCGGGGCGACCUGUAUGACUACAUCAGUGAGAGGCAGCAGCUCAGUGAGCGCGACGCCCGCCACUUCUUCCGGCAGAUCGUCUCUGCCGUGCACUACUGCCACCAGAAUGGGGUUGUCCACCGGGAUCUCAAACUGGAGAACAUCCUCCUAGAUGCCAACGGAAAUAUCAAGAUCGCUGACUUUGGCCUCUCCAACCUCUACCACCAAGGCAAGUUCCUGCAGACGUUCUGCGGGAGCCCCCUCUAUGCCUCGCCGGAGAUCGUCAACGGGAAGCCCUACACAGGCCCAGAGGUAGACAGCUGGUCCCUGGGUGUUCUCCUAUACAUCCUGGUACAUGGCACCAUGCCCUUCGAUGGGCAAGACCAUAAGACGCUGGUGAAACAGAUCAGCAGUGGGGCCUACCGGGAGCCGCCUAAACCCUCUGACGCCUGUGGCCUGAUCCGGUGGCUGUUAAUGGUGAACCCCACCCGCCGGGCCACCUUGGAAGACGUGGCCAGUCACUGGUGGGUCAACUGGGGCUAUGCCACGUGUGUGGGGGAGCAGGAGGCUCUGCACGAGGGAGGGCACCCUGGCAGCGACUCUGGCCGGGCCUCCAUGGCUGACUGGCUCCGGAGGUCCUCCCGCCCUCUCCUGGAGAACGGGGCCAAGGUAUGCAGCUUCUUCAAGCAGCACGCGCCUGGAGGUGGGAUCACGGCCCCUGGCCUAGAGCGCCAGCAUUCCCUUAAGAAGUCCCGCAAAGAGAACGACAUGGCCCAGUCUCUCCAGGGGAACCCGGCUGACGACACCUCCCCGCGGCUUGGCAAGAGCCACCUCCAGCUACCAAAGGGCAUUCUCAAGAAGAAGGUGUCGGCCUCCUCAGAGUGGGCAAGGGAGGACGCUGAACUCAGCCCGGUCCCUGCGAGCGCAGGACAGGCUGCCCUGCUGCUUCCCAAGAAGGGCAUCCUCAAGAAACCCCGGCAGCGGGAAUCGGGCUACUACUCUUCCCCUGAACCCAGCGAGUCUGGGGAGCUCUUGGAUGCAGGGGACGUGUUUACGAGCGAGGUCUCCGUGGAGCAAAAGCCCCCCCAGGCCUCAGGGCUGCUCCUCGGUCGGAAGGGCAUCCUCAAACACAACGGCAAGUUCUCCCGCACAGCCCUGGAACUCACAGCCCCCACCACCUUCGGCUCCUUGAAUGAACUGGCCUCACCUUGCCGUCCAUCCCGGGCCAGCCGCCCCUCGGGGGCUGUGAGUGAGGACAGCAUCCUGUCCUCCGAGUCCUUUGACCAGCUGGACUUGCCUGGACGGCUCCCUGAACCCCCGCUGCGGGGCUGUGUGUCUGUGGACAACCUCAUGGGGCUGGAGGAGCCCUCCUCAGAGGGCCCUGGAAGCAGAGGACUGAGGCGCUGGCGGCAGGACUCCCUGGGGGAAAGCUGCUUUUCCCUCACGGACUGCCAGGAGGUGACAGAGGUCUACCGACAGGCACUAGGGAUCUGCUCAAAGCUCAGCUGAGGGUGGGGGGCAUGGCCCCACCUGGACAGGCUUUACGAUGUACCUCGCAACCCCCCCCCCCAGGGGAGACUGCCUUCUCCCCAGCUUCCCAGGACCAGCAUUCCAGCCCAGAAGGCUGAGGCGGUUUGCAGUUAAGCCCUGGGGAGAGCUGGAUGUGGGAAAUGGGCAAGUGAAGUGCAUUGAGGGUUCAGUCUUCAGCCUUUUCUAACCAAGAGGACAGUAGAGGGGGAAAGAGUAGAGAAGUAGAGAGGGAGGCCUAUGGCCAAGUCCAGGUUUCUGUUUCGUGCACACGUGGUAGGGCCACAGAAGUCUGGAAAGAGCACUCUCAUCAUUACCCACCUCCUUUAUCGCAAUGAGGAAGUUCGGUGCAUGGUGCCUUCCUGCCAAGGUGGGGAUGGAAACUCCUCAGAUACACAUUCCCAUCCCCACCAGGCACUAAAACUGGAAUAUGGAACUCCCUAAUGUGCCCGGGUCAUCCUGGAAACAUUCUAGAGUGUACCCUCUCUUAUUUCUCCCAGCAGUAAGAGAACACAACCUCUUCCCUCAAAGGUUCUCUCUCCUUUCCCAUCCUUCAAACCUGGAGUCGCUGCUAUGAAUCUAAAAGACUUGAAAAGGCUCCGGCUGCUAUUGGACUUCAUCUCAAGGGGCCCAUAUUCCCCGGGACCUCCACGUUGGACCUCAAAGACUCUGAAUUUCUCUAGCCUCCAAGCUGCUCCUGCUACUGAGAAUGGACGUGUCUAUUUCUCUGGGCCUUCAGGACCCUAGAAUGUCCUAUUUAUGUUUUUCAGCUCUGUGUUUUUUAAAAAGUGAAUCUUACUGUUUUCAAUAAUGUGAAUGCUAUGUUCUGGAAAGUCCACUAUGACACCCAACUUUUGUGUACAGAGAGAUAUUUUUGCAAUGAUUCCCUACUGAUCAUGCGGGAGGGGGGACCUUUUAUAAAUCCACAAGUUCUGUUGCACUAUCCAGAGAGGAUCUCUGGCUUUCUCAUCCACGCCCUGAUUUUGUCUACCUGGUGGUCCCUCUUCCCUUCUCUGUGGCCAGGAAUAACCAUUCCAUUAAAAACUAGAACGGUGAUUGAAAAUA